AUGCCCCGCAUCCGCAUCCGCAAGGGAAUAUCAGUAGCGAAGGAAGACCUUCAGAAGUCACUAGGUCCUAAUUGUACUCCGGCCUUCGUCAAGCAGUGGAAGUUCUGGCUGUUAUACCCGGAGCUAUUUCUUACGUCAGAUAAUAACGACCACCGAAGAGCUGUAGCCCGUGUUUACAUUCAGAAGAUCUUCGCAAACGAUAAAUGGAAGAACUCGACAAGAAAGGGUGGAGCAGUGUUACCCCCUGACAAUGAGCUGGCUCCAUCCAGAAUAGUGACCUCACCUACUUCAGAGACGUCCGAGGCAAUCUACGGUCAGGAUAAAGUAUAUGCCAAAAAAGCCGCAAAACCGCCAUCCAGUCUAAAGCCGGUCCUUAGAAAUCGUCCACGACCUACAAAUCCAACUGCAUUGGAGAGGACUCCAGCCACCUCCGUGGCGCCUUCCCCACCUCAACGACGUGCUCGACCUUCUGAUGCCAACAUGCCAGUUUUCGACGAGGAAACCGCCCAAGUGGCCCAGUUCCUCGAAACGUGCACCCCUCCCAUGACUCAAUUCCUCCCAAGCUUUCUCGGGUUUGGCUGCAAAAAUGAGGAUUUUUUGCAAGGCGUUAACUUGUUGCCGGAUGACGCGGUUGAGUCUUUUUUGAAUUCCCUUCCUGCCUGUGGUGAGAGUAAGUUUACGAUGAUGGAUAUACUUGUCCUCAAAAACCAUUUUCGCGCGUACUUGAAAUGA